AUGUCUAGAGAAUUCGAUCUAGUCCUGCUAGGCCCAACAGGCUAUACAGGCCAGUACACAUCAGAAAAUAUAUACAAAAGCUUCCCGAACACUCUCAAAUGGGCCGUUGCAGGUCGCUCGCACUCCAAAAUCGAGAGUCUCGUACAGAAAUGGCGACAAUUGGGUUUUGAUAGGCCUGAUCCUGAAAUCUUGAUCGUACAAAUGAACUUGGAUGAUCUCCACGCACUGGCGAAACGGACGCGUCUGAUUGUCAAUUGCGUUGGUCCGUACCAUUUGUAUUCCACGCCUGUUGUCGAGGCGUGUGCUGAGAAUGGCACGCAUUAUGUUGACGUCACGGGCGAGACGCCGUGGGUGAGAAAAGUGUUACAUCAAUACCACGAAACUGCCAAAAAGAAUGGAGCUAUUAUCAUUCCGUCAUGUGGCUUUGAGAGCGUACCGCCGGACAUCGUGGCCUGGUACACCGUGAAUUACCUUCGCACAAAGCUCUCUGCCGAACCUACAGAAGCCGUAGGCUGUAUAUACGACAUCAAAGCCUCCGGCGCAAGUGGCGGCACAUCCUACACCGUCAUCAGCACGCUCGAAAGCGCCAACACGUCCGACCUCAUCAAAUCCAUGGACAGCUACUGCAUCGCCGCCACACCGUACCCAACCACACGCACCAAACCACCCAAAUCUCUCAUCGAAGCAAUCUUCGGCGUCCGCGCAGUCUCUGAUCUGGGAACACUUACAUCAUCCCCCUCAGGCAUGGUCGACGAAACAACCGUUAUCCGCAGUAGUACCCUCAUGUCAUCCCUCUACGGUCCCCAUUUCACAUACCGCGAAUACCUCCGCGUGCGCAAUGUGUUGCUGGGUGCAGCAUUCCACUACGCGCUAACGAUUGGCGUCGCUCUACUCGUGUUCGCGCCAUUCAGGUGGAUUGCGCGCAGACUCGUGCCUGCGCCUGGAAACGGGCCGACGAGAGAGGAGGCUGUGAACGAUUACUCCGAGUUUCGCGUAUUGGUCUCUAGUAACCAAACAGAUGCCACAACUGGGAAGGUGAAAAAGGUGCUGGGAAGUAUUUCGCAUAGAGGCGAUCUAUAUGGGUUGACGGGGAUUACGUCUGCUGCUGCUGCGAAGAUAGUUCUCGAACGCGAAAAGGAAAUUAAGGAUAUCUCGGCUGGAUUUGUGACGCCGGCGACGUUGGGGCAGGCAUAUGUCGAGGAGCUAGAGAGGGGGGGAUUCAAUUUCGAAGCAAAGAUCUUGGAUUAG